CCAGGCGGCGUUGCCAUGCCCGGUGCCUCUCGCAGGCCUGGUCCUCCUCUAGCGACUCUAGCGUAUCCUGACCGUAGCGACAUCUGCGGAAAUAAAAUGAGUAAAUUUGGGAACACCCGGUACCACUCCUGGCUCAAACUCCGUUCGGUCAACAUCCAGUGGCACUAGUCGAUCGGCAAUGGCGGACCUCAGCGGCAAGGACGUCGAAAAGGCAGAAUUCGCCUUCUCCAUCUAUGACUCGGACGGCACCAACGUCAUCGACGCCGUCGACCUUGGCAACGUCCUUCGUGCCUUGAACUUGAACCCAACGAAUGCCACCAUCGAGAAGCUGGGCGGUACGAAGAAGAAGGGCGAGAAGAAGAUGAAACUGGACGAAUUCCUGCCCAUCUUCAGCCAAUGCAAAAAAGACAAGGAACAGGGAUGCUACGAGGACUUCCUCGAGUGCUUGAAGCUGUACGACAAGCAGGAGAAUGGAAUGAUGCUCAGCGCGGAAUUGUCUCACACGCUUCUGUCGCUCGGUGAACGUCUCGCUGAUCCGGAGUGCGAGCAAGUGCUGAAGGACUGCAUGGAUCCAGAGGACGAGGACGGUUUCAUCCCCUAUGCCCCGUUCCUUCGUAGACUGUGCGAGAGGGCGGCAGCGACUGACGACAAUGAAUGAACAACAACAAGAUCGCCGUGCGAUCGGCAUCCACCCGCCACGCUUCACACACAUCGACGAAGGACACACAUCUGCCAUAUAUUCGUUUCGUCACAUUCGCCACACUUCUCAUCCCCCUCUCUCCCGUUCGCUCAUCGCUCGCGGUUACGCGAGGACUCACUUUACAGUUUGCACGUGAUUCGCAAUCGGAUUCGAUCUUCGAAAUCAGCAUCGUCGAGACGUCAGCG